GCCGAAGGUAAAGCAACCAAGCGAAGUACCAAGGGAAGGAUCCGAGAUUUGGGCAAAUCUGGCGGCUGUCUUUUCCACAUCAGCACAAAAUGUCUCUUUUUGCGUGUACGAACUGUAACGGCCGGCAUCCAUUUGAUCAACUCUCCAAGGGUGAUCAACUUUGUAAGGUAAAUGAUGUAUUGCGAACGUUUUGGCGAUUGGAGUAAAAAUUCUAUAAUGUAUCCGGUUUAAGAUGGAGUGCCCAUAUACGAAUUACACGCAUUAUUUUGAACAGAUUGGGUUACAUGCUUUUGUGGUGUAACUUUUGCAGAAAAAUAUUACCUUGUGCUCCUUUUCUACAUGUGGUCAUAAACAGCUGAAAAAAGUUGUUGUUACAUCCGUUCUUGCACACGCGGGGUAUUUUGAAUUCUGUUUUAUUGGCCAGGAGAUUUGAAAAGUACGGUAGUCUCGUGAAAUUAGAAAUAGUUGAUGCCAGAUUCUUUACAGUUGAUGGCAGGCGUACAUUGUACUAAGUCCGCCCUAAUACCUUGUCUUGAACGUCUGAAACGGAACUCUGUGAUAGUUUAAAAUAAAUGAAGUUGCCUGAGGAUCCCUAGUACUGUCCGGCAUCCUUGUAUUUCAACACGUAUUGGGGGUCCAUCAAGUGAGAGUUGACUAAAUUGCAUGAUUUUUGGGCUUUUGACCACAGUGAAUACGUGCGUGAGUGCCUCAUUGGAGAGUGGAAAACUUGAUAAAUAAUUAGUAAUUACUUUCUUUCAGUCUCUUAACUCAAGGGUGAUUAAAAAAAAAAAAAAAAACUUGUGACCGAAACACCCAACAACCAUGAACAGCUCAAAUGUUUCAGGAAUGCUUAUUGUGUUAUGAGUACACUCAACUCUCUGUUAAGAGACUCCUCUGUGAGAUGAAAAAUAACAGUCGCCUGGAGUUGGUCCCUGCCUUUCUUUACUCCUUUUGGUUUACUCUAUAAGAUGGACGUCUCUCUAAUGUGGAGACAUACAGUGGAACCCCGUUAAUACGGUCACCAAUGGGCCAAAAAGAUUUGGCCGUAUUAACUCGGUGGCCAAAUAAAGUGGCCGUAAUAACAAGGAGACCGUAUAAGCAAGGUGGUCAUAAGACAGGGUUUCACUGUAGUGCUGGUCCCAAAGGUGUCUGUCUUAGAGAUAUUUGAUGAUUAUUACUACUUGCUAGUGUCUAAAGUUGAUUUGUUUUCUUAUAGGACUGCCGCAAGACUUAUCCCUUAGUGACAUGUACUUACUGUCGCUUGGAGUUUCAUCUGUUAAAGUCAGACAUUUUACUUGAUGAUGAAUAAGUCAUAAACUUGCUGUUUUCUCAUUUUUUAUGUUUUAUUAAUUUCCAGUUGACUUAAGACUUGCAGUUCCAUGAUGUGAUUUUUUUCUGCUUUGUGUAUUCUAGGAGUACUGAAAAGGACCCUGUGUGUAAGAAGUGCAGUUAUAAUCUCAAAAUGUUUGGCCAGGUAUGAGAAUAUUGGCCAGUUAGUAGUACUGAGUUGAACCUCCAUUAAGCGGGGCACCAGCAAGUGGCUGAUUUAGGUGGCUUGACACAGUACAUCUUCCAUCUUUGAAUCUCUUAUACCAAAACAAAUUGAUCUUUAUUAUAAAAACAUUAUAACACAUGUAUUACACAUGGACUAAACUUUAUUAUGAUAUAAAUUUUUUGGGAGAUCAGAAUAUAUAUCAUGUGACAAUGACGUCACAAUAGUUUAAGCUCUAAAUCGAAUUACGGCCCUUAUCAGCAUUUUCUUUGGAAAUGCUUUCUGCUACGUAUUCUUGGGGUGCUUGUCAUCUGUUGUGUGAAGUUUCACAAAAAUCUAUUAGAGGAAUUUCAUCAAUUCGAGACAUCUUUGAAUUCCUACAAAAAGGUUAUAAAUUAUGCUUGAACUUAAGCUGGACUUAAUGCAGACAAAUUUGCAACCUUUUUGGAGGUUUCCAAAAAAUUUUUAUCACUCAUUCAUUUUGCAAAUGACGUUUAUACACUCUACAACUGGCUGAGCGCAAGUAGACUUGCACGAUUUCUUAAAAACAUGAAAACAUGUGAAUCAGUCAAAUGCAAUGCUGAGCUCUUUUUGUAAUUUCAAAGGUUGAAAACAGCAAUUCGACCAAAAUAAAUAAAUAGCAAUUGAUCAGUUUGCUAUAAAAUCCCUGUAUUUCGUGUCCAUUGAAAACUUUUUAAAUUGUCUAAUGUAGGCGCAAAACUGAGUAAACAUUGAAGCGAUGUCAUAGAUCUGGCUAGGUUUUUGCUUUGGGAUUUUCUAUUGUCUCGAGUUUAGCACAACAUCAAAUCCCCAUCCAGCAGGCAAGAAUUUACUGUGCCUGGUUGCCCUCUGAAAUCUUUCGGAAAUAUGGUAAUACUGUAGAAAGAGAGAAAACAAUAACGAAUAGAUUACGGAGGAAAUGAAUGCAGCAAUAAUGCCCUGUGAACAAAGCAGUCUUUUUUGGCAUCCCAAAUUUUUUAUUUUGGUGAGAAGAAGACAAGAAUAAUA